AUUAGGCUGUGAAAUUCGACUGCGCCUAAACGCUUGCCCUUGUCGACUCAUGACACCGUAGUUUUGCACUCACCCAUGGCCUCUCUGGCGACAAAGCAACAAGGCGUAGCAUUUAGGACACGUUCCAGCAGGGCGUCGCCCAAAGGUCAAGGCGCGGGGGGCGGAACCAGAGGCGGGCAAGUAACAGCGGACGCCGCGGGGGACGAACCGGCGUCAAACCCAUCUUCGGUCGCAGGAGCGUCGCAGCGACCGAGUCAGCUGGGCACCACCGCGGGCCCCGGAGCUCAAAUGGACUCUAGCACUGCUGCUGCAACUGCGGGCGCGGGCGCGGGCGGGGGCGCAAAUUCCUCGGGGGCCGCCAGUGGCGCAGGCCUCACGCCCAGCCAACGUGGGGAGCUUGAGCUCGCCAAGGCGCGCGCCGAGCGCGCAGCCGCGGGCCGCCACAAGGCCGCCUCUGGCGGUGGUGGUGGUGGAGGCGGAGGUGGCGGUGGGUCUAGCAAGCGCCAGCGGGGGGGAGGUGGCGGAGGCAGCAGGCGGAGCCGGCCGCGGGAUGACGACUCCUCAGACGACGACGACGAGGACGGCGGUGGGGGCCCGGGUUCGGGCGGCGCCGGCGACGCCUCUGAUGGUGAGCUGGAGCGGCUGAGCAAGCUGAGUCCGGAGGAGCUGGCGGCGCGGCUGGCGGCUGGAGGGUGCGGCACCGACAAGGAUGCCCGGCGGCUCAAGAGGCUGCUGCGCAACCGCGUGUCCGCCCAGCAGGCCCGCGAGCGCAAGAAGCAGUACGUGACCUCGCUGGAGGACCAGAUCCGAGAGCAGCAGAGCCACAUAGGCCUGCUUGAGAAGCGCAUUGAGCUGGUGGAGUCUCAGAACGAGGCACUGCGGAACAUCAUCCGCACCAUGCGUGGCUUUGCAGACGCCCCGGCUCCCGCGCCGCCGGCAGCUGCUGCAGGGCCCGCCGACGCCGCGGCUCAGCCGAAGCCGCAGGAGGGCGCUGCAAAGCCGCACCGCCCAGGCGCCGGCACCGGCACCGACGCGGCUGCCGCUGGUGGCGCCCGCCCGGCGCAGCCGCAGACGGCUGCAGCUCCAGCAGCGCCCGCCGCGCCCGCAUCCGCAGUGGCAGGCGGCGCCGCCGCUGCCCCUGCCAUGGGCACAGGCAAGGAGCAGGCGCCGCAGCGGCAGCCGCCGCAGUCGCGGCACUCGCGCGCGCAGGUCGUACCAGCUGCACCACAUGGCGGCGGCGGAGCCGGGCCUGGGUCCGGGCCCGCCGCUGGCGCAGUGGCUGACACCGCCGGCGCCUCGGCCGCCAUGGUGCCGCAGCAGGCGCCGCACCCGCACCCGGUGGCGCAGCAGGCGCAGCACCUGCAGCCGCACCCCUUUGGUCAGGCGGGCGCCUGCGCCCCCGGGUCCGCCCCCGGCGGCGUCCUGGCGCCCCACGCCCCGCCCCCACAGCCCCAUCAGCCGCAUCACCCCAUGCUGCCCACACACAACUCCAGCGGCGUGCCCCAGAUGCAGAUGCCGCAGCUGCAGCCGUACGGCUCGUCGAUGCUGCAGCCGCAGCACUCGCACACGCACACGCACUCGCAUCAUCAGCAGCAGCACAUGGUGCUACAGCCCGGGCCGGCCAGCGCCAUCAUGCGGCCUGGUCUGCAGCCGCCACUGCCGCAGCCGCAACCGCAGCCGCAGCCGCAGCUGCGUGGCGGCGCCAUGUCGGUCAUGGCGCCGCACGCCACUGCCCCUGCUACUGCCAUGGCGGGGCCGCAGGCGCUGAUGCACCAGGCGGGCGGCCCGGUGGCGAUGAUGGAGGACCUUAGCGAUGUGGGUGUUGUGCCGCCGGCAGUGGAAGCCCUGGACUACUGCGUCCCAGACUUUUGCUGACCGGCCACGUGGCGGCCAGGUGGCAGUGCGGCAACUGGGCCUGCCGCGGAAUGCUGCUUCCGCGCUUCCGGACGCAGCGCCAUGUUACUACAAGUAGCUCGUCUGAUUCAUCACCCGUAGGAGGACCACGACAGUCUUUCAGUAGCGCACGCAAGUGGAGCAGACCGAGCUGGUGCUCUGCAGCACCGCUCAGUCAAAUGCUCCGUUGAAAGCAAUUUGACCCCGAGUGCAACGGAUUGACCGACCCAGUAGCAGGCGGGUUAGUGGCAUAGAGGCGCGACACACGUGCCAGCGGGCCCGUUGCUGUUACUGUGAGGGUGCGGGUGCGGAGCCUGCAAAAGCGCCUCGUGCAAUGGGAGCUGGCGCCGAUGUGUGCAGUGUACGCUUUGUUUGAUAUUUUAUUCCGGGGCCGACUGUGUGGCCCUGGAGUCGGACUCAUGUGUUUUGUCCUGAUUCGAUUUCGUCCAUUGUUCGUUGCCGUGCUUAAAUUUCUUCUUUGGGCCACCUCAUUGCGGCCAGGGGUGUAGGGAUGGGUGCGGCCUGCAGCACCACCACUCCAGUUUUGUCUAUGUCUGGGCUGACCCCUCAAAUGUUGCUGCACGCAAACCUGUCGUGAGCUGGCUUGCGUGUAGGUGAGUGGUCAUGUAGCCAGACACACAACACAACAGACCGUUCGCCGCGUACACUGGGCAUCUUGCUGAGGCGGCGUGCGGCUCUGCUUGUGUUGUAAUGUAUUGUGAACGCGUCAGCGCGCGAGUGUGUGGGAGCGAUUGUUGAAGUAUUGUUUGGAGGGGGAGUGUGGCGUGAUGAUGUCUGGACAUGACUUGCCACGAAGGCGGGCGGGGCAAGGCGGAGCGGUCGGCGAGAGGGAUGCCUAGUACGCCCCGACCCGCGAGCACCGCAAGUGGCUCCCACCCCACAUCGCCUCCGGCUGUUCGGCUCGGAGCUUGUUCAUGUGUGUCCUACUGCUGUAUCGUGUAUGCGAUUGACUGACCAUAGCCUCCCAGGUUUGGAGGAUGAGCGCGUUUUGGGAAGGCCUGGGUUGCGUUUCGUUUGUGUGCGCCCGUCAGAGCCGUUAGUGUCCCAUGAGCGUGUAGGAGCGUGUUGGUGUGAGAGUAACGAGCGAGAGCGUGUGACGGUGUGAGUGGGGCGGGUUUGGUUUGAGCAUCGACGGCCCGGAGGCUGCGCGAGCAAGCGCACAAAAAGCCCGUGUAGGGCAACGCGGCAGCCAAGGGGAUGCCAGAGUGUGGAGUGUACAGGUCUUUCUUCGUGGAAUUGCUUGGGCGUGUUGUGUCCACACCGCCUAACACCACCAGCACAUGCCGGGUGGGAACACGGGUGGGAACUCAAAUCGAGUCAGUGAAAGGCACGGCUGUACCCUCUGGGGCUGUGCGACAUAGGGACUGGGCGAAGCUUUGGGCUCGAGUGAAAGGCCACGCUUGCGGCCACUGCUGCGGCGCAUAGUGGCGCCGCCGAAGACAGAAAUUUGCACCAAAGUGUGCCGGAGAUUCAUGCUAUGGUAAGGACUGGACGCAUGCACACAGAGCGAAGGCAUUGGGGCAUGCACAACGCGUGUAGCGGUGCUGAAUUGCUAGAUUGGGGAGCUCCGCGUAAUGAUGGCCGGUGUUUGAGUGAACAUAUUGCAGUGAUCCUGGUCUGCAGCAGGUUCGGUCUGGACGUCGCGCGGUGGCCGCGGUCGCGCCAUGCAUGGCGACGUCAAGGGCAGGGCCACAGGAGUAGGUGCACGUGCGCUGCCGAGCGGGCAGUGCGUCGCACGUGCUUCCGGCGCCGCAUUUCAACGUUUGUGUGUGUGGGGGGGGAGGCUUAAGUGACAUGGGCUGGCGCACUGCAUAGCUUUCUUCCACAUCUGCGCAGCGCAUAGAGGGCAGGGUAGCACGAGGCAAGGCGCAAGGCUCUGCAAGAGCAGACGCUGGCGUCGGGGCUGAUUGGGCUUUGGGUGCACGGCCCCACGCGUGCGUGUGUGUGUUUGGCGAGGGCGUGCUGGCUCACGUGCUGGCUUGCAUGCACAGCAGGGCCGACAA